AUGCCACCACCGGCACCACCUCCAGAGAAAAGUGAGUCAGAACAAACUCUUGAUCACAUUGCAAAGUUUGUAAAGUUGAUGCCAACUCUAUUUGAGGGUGGCCCAGAUCCGCUUGUUGUGGACAGUUUUAUGGAUAGGGUGAAGAAGCACCUUAAUGCUAUGAAUCUAGCAUUAGACAGGUUGAAGAUUAUUUUGGUAACCUACAAUUUUACUGGGGAUGCAGAGAUUUGGUGGACAACCAUGUCUCAUACCCAUAAUGUGGAUACCAUAACAUAUGAUGCUUUCAAGAAACUUUUCUAUGAGAAGUAUUUUCUGGUGCCUAAAAAAAGAAAGUUGAAGAAAGAGUUUGAUGGCUUAAAGCAAGGAAAUAUGACAGUCACAGAGUAUGAGAAUAAGUUCACAUUUCUUUUGAGGUUUAUGCCAGAGAUUGCUAAAAAUGAGGAAGGUAAGACAGAGAAAUUUAUUGAAGGCCUUGAUUUCUCUAUUAGGCCAAUUGUGACCGUCGCAAAAUUGAUCGAAUAUGCAAAAGCUAUGAGAAAAGCCUUAGUGGUUGAGGCUAAAAGUAAGGACAGAAAGGCUAUUAAAGAGUCCUACAAGCACAGCAGGAGCAUGGGUGCUAUUUGA